AUGCUGCGCAACGCCGUCAACACGGCCAAGAAAGCCGUGACCGAGCUCUCCCAGUACCCCAAGCCCGGCGACAAGCUCCAUGGCUUCACACUCCUGAGGACAAAGCACGUGCCGGAGCUGGAGCUGACGGCUCUUCACCUGCAACACGACAAGACUGGCGCAGACUACCUACACAUUGCCCGCGACGACAGCAACAAUGUCUUCUCCAUCGGCUUCAAGACGAACCCUCCCGACGACACGGGUGUGCCCCAUAUCCUGGAGCACACCACGCUGUGCGGCAGUCAGAGAUAUCCCAUUCGCGAUCCCUUCUUCAAGAUGCUGCCGAGGACGCUGUCCAAUUUCAUGAACGCCUUCACGGCAUCGGACCACACCUUUUACCCGUUUGCGACAACCAACUCCCAGGACUUUAAGAACCUCAUGUCGGUAUACAUGGACGCGACACUGCAUCCGCUGCUCAAGGAGUCCGACUACACCCAGGAGGGAUGGCGCAUCGGGCCGGAGAACCCGCAGGCCGCCAACGGCGAGGAGAGUGACCUCGUUUUCAAGGGCGUCGUCUACAACGAGAUGAAGGGCCAGAUGUCGGACGCCGGCUACCUGUUCUACAUUCGGUUCCAGGACCACAUCUUCCCCGAUAUCAACAACUCUGGCGGCGACCCGCAAAAGAUCACCGACCUAACGUACGAGCAGCUGCGCAAGUUCCACGCGGAGCACUACCACCCGAGCAACGCGAAGCUGUUCACGUACGGAGACAUGCCCCUGUCGGACCACCUGCAAGAGGUCAACGCCCAGCUCAGCGCGUUCGAGAGGAUACAGGAGGACAAGACGAUUCACCAGCCGAUCAAUCUGGCCUCCGGGCCUAGGGAGGUCACCGUGAAGGGCCCUCUCGACCCCCUGGUAGACCCCGAUAGGCAGUACAAGACGUCCGUCUCGUGGAUCAUGGGAGACUCGUCCGACGUUGUCGAGUCCUUUUCCCUGGCGCUGCUCUCUACUCUGUUGAUGGACGGCUACGGAUCUCCCCUGUACCGCGGGCUGAUCGAGGCUGGUCUCGGCACAGACUUUAGCCCCAACGCCGGCUACGACAGCUCCGCCAAACUGGGCAUCUUCUCCAUCGGCUUGACCGGCGUCCAGGAGGCCGACGUGCCCAAGCUCAAGGCCGAAGUUCAGCGCAUCCUCCAGGAAGUCCGGCAAAAGGGGUUCGACAGAACAAAGAUUGACGGAUCCCUCCACCAGCUGGAGCUGGCGUUGAAGCACAAGACGGCCAACUUUGGCAUGUCGAUGCUCCACAGACUCAAGCCCAAGUGGUUCACGGGCGUCGACCCCUUUGACUCGUUGGCGUGGAACGACACCAUUUCGGCCUUUGAGACUGCGCUCGCCAAGGGCGGGUACCUGGAAAGCCUGAUUGACAAGUACCUGUUGAACGACAACACCCUGUCCUUCACCAUGUCGCCGUCAACCACGUUUAGCGAAGACCUCGCGCGCGAGGAGAAGGAGAGGCUGGCGUCCAAGAUCAAGCAGGCUUCCCAGGAAGCUGGCGGCGACGAGGCGGCCCGCAAGAAGUUUGAGCAGCGCGAGCUGGACCUCCUCGUCGAGCAGGGCAAGUCCAACACGGAAGACCUGAGCUGUCUGCCGACGGUCCACGUCAAGGACAUCCCCCGAAGCAAGGAGCCCGUGGUUGUGCGCGACGAGACGGCCAACGGCGUCAAGAUCCAGUGGCGCGAGGCCCCGACUAACGGCCUCACCUACUUCAGAGCCAUCAACAGCCUGGAGAACCUGCCAGACGAGCUCAGAGAGUUAAUCCCCCUCUUCUCCGACAGCAUCAUGCGGCUCGGCACCAAGGACAUGUCCAUGGAGCAGCUCGAGGACCUGAUCAAGCUCAAGACGGGAGGCGUGUCUGUCGGGUACCACUCGACGCCCUCGCCCACCGACUUCCACCAGGCGAGCGAGGGGCUGAUGUUUACGGGCAUGGCGCUGGACAGAAACGUCCCCGUUAUGUUUGACAUAUUGCGCAAGCUCGUGCAAGACACGGAUUUCGACAGCCCGGAGGCCGCCCUGCGCAUCAGACAGCUGCUCCAGGCAUCUGCCGACGGCGUGGUCAACGAUAUUGCCUCGUCCGGCCACCAGUACGCCCGCGGGUUCGCGGAAGCCGGACUCACGCGGAACGCCUGGUUCAGACAGCAGAUUGGCGGCCUCUCGCAGGUCAAGCUCGUCACGUCGCUUGCCAAUCGUCCCGAAACGGAUGGUCUGGCGGACGUCAUUGACAAGCUCAAGCAGAUCCAGAAAUUCGCGCUCGCCGGUGGUAACUUCCGCACCGCGCUCACCUGCGGGGCAGAGAGCACGGGCGCCAACCUCAACGCCCUGACUAGCUUCAUGUCGACCCUCCCCAAGGACCUGCCCCUGCCGUCGACCCAGAAGCCAGCGACGCUGCAGAAGAACAUCAAGUCCUUCUUCCCGUUACCGUACCAGGUCUAUUACGGUUCGCUGGCGGUGCCCACCGUCUCGUACACGCAUGCCGAUGGCGCGCCGCUGCAGAUCCUGGCGCAGCUCCUCACGCACAAGCACCUCCACCACGAGAUCCGCGAAAAGGGCGGCGCCUACGGCGGCGGGGCGUACUCGAGGGGACUGGACGGCCUCUUUGGGUUCUACUCGUACCGCGACCCCAACCCGCAGAACACACUCUCCAUCAUGCGCAACGCCGGCCGCUGGGCCGCGGACAAGGCGUGGGCGGACCGCGACCUCGAGGAGGCCAAGAUUUCCGUAUUCCAGGGCGUCGACGCGCCCCAGUCGGUCAACUCGGAGGGCAUGGGCCGGUUCACGUCCGGCAUCACAGAGGAGAUGAAGCAGACGCGCCGCGAGCAGCUGCUUGACGUCUCCAAGGACCAGGUGCGCGAGGUGGCGCAAAAGUAUAUUGUCGAGGCCCUCGCCAAGGAGGAGGAGAGAGUCGCCUUCUUGGGCGAGAAGCGCCCGUGGGUGGACGGCACCUGGAAGAUUCACGAGAUGGACAUUGGUUCCGAGUGA